AUGGGCUGGGGUCGAUUUUCUCCCGAAAGGGAUAUCCCUUCUCAAGAAGGGAGGGUGAUUGUGGUUACUGGAGGAAACGCGGGAAUUGGCAAAGAGACCGUACUGCAACUAUGCAAGCACUCGCCGAAAAAAGUCUUCCUCGCCACGAGAAACGAGGCCAAGGCCAAAGAUGCCAUUGCGUCCAUCAACUCCACACUGUCCAAACCUGCGGACAUUGAGUUUGUGAAACUCAACCUAAGCAACCUGGCAUCGGCUGCUGCCGCAGCGGAGGAAAUUACUCGCAAUACCGACCGGAUUGAUCUGCUGUUUCUCAAUACCGGAAUCAUGAACCAGCCUCCGGGAAAAACCGAUGACGGACUUGACCUGCAACUCGGUACCAAUUAUGUCGGCCACUUUCUUUUCACAAAGAAGCUGCUCCCUGUGCUCAAGCAAACCGUAACCAAGUAUAACCCUGAUGUACGCGUCGUGUCCACCGCAUCUAAUGGACUUACGUUUGCGCCAGCGUUUGAGACGAUGAUAUCAACCGAAAAGCUGUCGGCACAAGGCCAAUGGACAUCCUAUAGCGCGUCCAAAGCUGCCAACAUACUUUUCGCUGCUGAACUAGCCAAGCGACACCCCGAACUUACAUCGGUGUCUUUACAUCCUGGAAUGAUCCAGACAGACCUGUAUGUGACAACUACCACAAACAGCUUCUUCCUCAGAAACCUCUUGCGCUUCUUUGGCCCCAUCUUGUACCACGACGUUGCAUACGGCGCCUUGACCCAGCUUUGGGCAUCUACUGUGGACAAGAGCAAGCUUCAACAGGGAGGAUUCUACGUGCCCGUGGGACAACUAGAGAGCAAGAACAAGUACGCCGCCGAUGCUGAUAUGCAAAAGAGGCUGUGGGAUUGGACAGAGGCAGAGUUGAAGCAGAGGGGUUACUGA